AUGGCCAGCAAGCACCAUCCCCAUCUUGUGCGGCUGCUUGGAUACUGUAUGGAUAUGAACACGACAACAAGGCACAUAGAGCAGAUCUUGGUGUAUGAGUACAUGGUGAACAAUGAUCUUGAGAGCUGGAUCGGACCGGGUAUCGCCCAUCCUCUCACUUUGCGCCAGCGACUGGAUGUUUUGAUUGGAGUGGCAAAGGGGUUGCAGUACCUCCAUGACUUUGGCAUCGUGCAUCGUGACAUCAAGCCAGCCAACAUCCUCCUCGAUGCAAAGAUGCAAGCCAAGAUAGGAGACUUUGGGCUGGUGAAGCUGAGUGGAGGCACCUGCAUGGGCUCCUCUGUGGCUGCCACUCGAGUGAUGGGCACACCGGGCUAUGUGGACCCAGCCUACUUCAAGACGCAAAAGGCCACUCCAGCUGCAGACGUGCACAGCAGACAGUCAGGCCAUGGCACCAAUCACUUCGCUGUGGUCUUUGAUCCCAACCAGGUGGCGCCAUUGGUGGCAUCCAGUGAUGUGGCAGCAUUCAAGGACCCUCGUUUGGAUGCUCCAGACGACUUUGUGCUGCGCAUGGCCCGUCUUGCGCUCGCCUGCACUGCCAUGCCCACUGCCUCUCGCCCCUCCAUGGCGCGAGUAUUGGGGGAUUUGCUGGCCAUGAAGGAAGAGAUCAUGGGGGCUGAGGUGCACAGAGCUGCAUGCCGAAUUGACAAGGAGAUUGGCAGCUCAGCUGAUUCGGUGGACUUUGAUGUCGAAAUGGCUCGUGUGGAACACAUGGAAGUGCAGGUUGAUUACCCUAGUGUGUGA